AUGAACAACUAAAACACAAUUAUUAUUAAGAAUUUCUUUAGUGCCUUUUAUUUGUUUUUAGUGCUUAAUUUAGCAUAAAGUUCUUUUUCAUAUUACAAGGAUGCGAUUUUAACAUCAGGUUUAUAAGUGAUAGAGGAAUCAAUUAAUAUAAUAAAUGAGGAUGACAAAGAUACUUAUUGUAUAGGAUUCUGGAGUAUGAAUAUUCCUUUACAAAUUCCAAUAAGAAAUUUUGAUAUUGAAAUACCAUUUGAUUUAGAGUUACCAGAAAAUGGUGAAUUAUUAUUGUUAGUCAAAGAUUCUGAUACUAAUGAUAAUCUAAUUGUUGUUUUUAAGAUAUUGGAUUAUUCUAAUAGGUAAGUUUAACACAUAAUAUAAUUUAUAAAUCACGAAACAAGUUUCAACUUUAUCUUUAAGUUUAAUGGUUUAGAUUAUGAAGGAUAAUGGAUAUUUCAUUUAAUUUCAAUACAACCAAUAAAGGGAGUAGUUAUAGUUGAAGCAAGUGAUUAAAAUAAAUAAUUUCAAAUUUUGGCUUCCAAAGUUUAGCAAAAUUUAAAAAUUAUUUUAGGAGGCAGAGGCUAUGUAAAUAUAUAAAUAAUUAUAAGAUAAAUGACAAGAACUUAAAUACAUUUAGAGGAUUGUUAUCAAAAUUAAUAUUUUUGCCAAGUUUCAGUUAUACAGAUAUUUUAUUUGAAAAUACUUAAACGGAUAAUUAAAUUCCAUAAAAAUCUUCAAUCGAAGAAAAGAUAUAUAUUAUACAAGGUCUAUAAGAAUUUAAAGGAUAUUAGGCUUAAGAAAUAGUCAUUGAUUAAUAUGGAAAAAGGUAUUGUUUGUCUGGUUGGGUUAAGUAUAAUUAUUAAAAUACUGAAGAAGAAAAAUAUACAUUAAUAAGAAUGACUAAUUUUAUAAAUUAUGAGGAUAAGUAAAAAUUAGGGGAUGAAUUAUUUGGUUUUAAGGUAUUGAUCUCAAAAUUCUAACCAUAAUUAACAAAGAUUUUUGUACAUGCUGAUGCUUAUAGUAUGCCUGUUUAAUAAUCAUUUGAAUCCUAAUAUGAUUUAACAUUUUAAGGAAUUUAGAAUGAGAAUUAUAAGGUAGUUUAAUCUACAAAGACUUUAGAAUAUUUAGAGGAUUUUAGAUAUUAUGAAGGAUUAUAACAAUGGCAUUUUAUUUAAUAUGAAUAUGGUAGAAGUAAUUUUGAUGAAAGAAUGCUACUUUAAUUACAAUUUUAUAAUAAAUUAGGUUUGAUAAGAGAAUAAUUAGGAAAUGAUAUUUUUAGAGGUUCAUUUAUAAAUAGCAAAUUUAAUAUAUUUUUAGGUGGAGAUAAUUUUAAUCAUAAUUUUUUAUAAGCUUAUGUUUAUGAUUUUAAAAUUGAAUAUAAUUAUAAUGAAGAUAAAGUUUUACUUUUAAGUAUAGAUCUAUAAAUUAUUUAGAUUGUCAUUAUUCUUGUUUAACAUGUAAAGGACCUUAAGAAAAUGAUUGUAUUAAUUGUGAUGAAAAUACUAAUAGAUAUUAUUAAAGUGAAGUUUUUAUGUGUAAAUGUAAAUAAGGAUAUUUCGAUUUUGGAUAGAGAAUUUGCACUAAUCAAUAUUAUUCCUCAAUUUCAAUUUAAGAAAUAGAAAUUUAAAAUCCCAAUAUUUGUCCAUUUGGUUAUUUCAAACUUCCACUGAAUAAUACUAAUUUUAAAUGCAUAGAAUGGUAUAUUUUAAACUUAAUAAAAAUUAAGUCCUCAAAAAUUAAAGAAUUAAUUUAUAUGUGCAGAAUGUUAUUUCUAUUCUAAGACAUGGUACUUAAGACCUGUUUGUAAAUAGGAUCUUAUUACUUUAAAAAAUAAUAAAGAUGAUACAUUUCAUUUAAUUGCUAGAAAUCCAAUAGAUUAUGAUUUAUAUUCAAUCAAUUUGGAUAGAGAAUUGAUGUAUCAUUUUGAAUUUUAGGAUUAUUGUAUUUAUAAUGUUGCAACAAUCAAUCAGUGUUAUACAUUUCCUCAUUAUCAUUUAGGGAAUUAAGCAUAAAUGAAAUGUAAAGAAAAUUACUUUGUUGAUAUUGAUAAUUUUAGAUGUAUAAAAUUUAGACAAAAAUGUAAAGAAUUUGAUUCUUUAGGAAAUUGUUGGGGUUGUUUUCCUGGAAAGUACAAUGUUUGGUUUUAAUGUAUAGAAUGUCCUAUUGGAUGUUCUACAUGUGAGAAUAUAAAUUAUUAUGAAAACCAACCCAUUUGUUAAACUUGUACAACAAAAUUCUAUAAUUAUAUUGAUGGAUAAUGUAAAAUGUGUGGUCAAUAUUGUGAAUUGUGUGAAAGGUAUUAUGAUGAUUAAAUUGAUUAAGAGUAUUUAAGAUGUAUAAAAUGUAUAGAUGAUUCAAAAUAUCACUUAUCUCUUGAUGGUAAAUAAUGUUUAUAUAAUUAAAUACCCAAUUGUAUUCAUGCAUUUUAAGCUUUACGUGAUGAUAUGACUAUAAAUACUCUUGAUCUUAAAUUUUAACCAUAAUUUGAUUACAAUCAAAUAAUAACAUUAUGUGCUAAAUGUGAAACAUCAUAUGUUUUUGUAUUUGAAAUUAAUAAAUGUAUUGAGAAUACUAAAGAAUAAGAUUGUUAAGUUGGUAUAGGAUAACUUAAUGAAAUUGAUCAAUCCUUAGAAUCUAUUAUAUGUUUAAGUUCAACUAAGUAAAAAAAUGAUAUAGUCUAAUUUACUGAAAAAUGCUUUAGUUAUAAUAAUAAUUGUUAAGUUUGUUUACAGACUCACAUUAUUGAUUCUUAUGCCUGUUUAGAAUGUGUGAAUGGUUAUUAUGUUUCAAUACCUUCUGGUUAAUGUAUAGGAUGUCCACCUGAAUUAAAAUGUAAAUCUUGUUAUUCAUAACAUUCUAUAUUAAAAGAUAGAUGGAAAAUAUUGGUAAGAUCAUUUUAUAGAAAAUAUAUUGAAAAUAAUAGUUUUCAUUAAUAUAUUGUGUAUGGUUAAACUUAAAAUUCAAAUCAUUAUGAAAUACAAUGCUCUUCUUGUAUAGAUGGUUUUAAAUUGCAUAAUAAUAUAUGUCUUUAAUAUUGUUAAGAAGAUUGUAUGGAAUGUAUAUUUUAGAAUGAUAAAUAUAUUUGUAAUAAAUGUUUUUAUGAAUAAAGGGGAAGAAGAUUGACAUUAAUUGAUAAUAAAUGUAUAGAGUGUCCUGAAAAUUGUGCUCUUUGUAGAAUUAGAACAAAUGAAGAAAUCUAAUAAAUUAAUCCUUUAUUUAAUAAUCCAAAAUAUAUUAAAUAUACAUAUUAAUGUAUCAAAAGUUACGAAGAUCAAAGUUAUUAUUAUGAUUAAGAUUUUGGAUUAUUUAUUGAAUGUAAAUAAAAUGAUUAAGGUAAUGGAUGUUAUAAAUAACUAAUUAUAACUUUAAAUCUAUAUACUAAUUUAGAUGAAUAUUAUGAUGACUUAUUUGAAUAACCAGAUGAAGAAUCUAAGAUUAAAUUUUAAAAGGAAAAUAUAUAUAUUUUAAAUCUAUUAUCAUAGGAAAGUAGUUUUAUUGAAGUAAAAUUAAUAUUAUAAUUAUUUUUAGUUUGAAAAUGAUUAAUUUUACACAUUAGCUAAUUCUAAAUUAAUUAAGACUAUUAUAAUAAAAAUAAUAAGUAAAAAAUAUAUACGUAAAAAUUUAAAUUAUGGUGGAUUAAUAGUAUCCAAAUUUUAACAGAACAUAUUUACAUUAUAGUAUUUAUAUUAAAUUAAAAAAUUAGAAAUGUUGAAAUAGAAUUUAUCUUUGAAUUUGAGACUAUUUUCUUACCUUAAUUUGAUUUCGAAUUCAUCAAUUUUUCAAAAAUUACUCUUUAAAAUAUUAGAUUAGAAAUCUCAUCACAAUCUAAAUUUAUAUUUAAAAGCUCUUUUCCACAAACAAUAAUAUUAAAUGAUAUUUAAUUUCAAAUAGGUAGUUUAGCUAAUUUUAAUCAUGUAAAUUUUUAAUUUACUUUCAAUAAUGUUAGCACUCUUUUGGUUAAUAAUAUGUAUUUUUAUAAUAUUUCAUUAAUUGCCAAAGAUUAUUUCAUGAAUAUAUAGGAAACUAAUUAUCCUAAAACCAUAAUAUUCAAAAACAUAACAUUAUUAUAAAUUGACAUAAAAACAAUCUUUUUAGAUUUAAGUUUAGGUGAUCAAGAUUAUGUUGAGAUAGAUACUGUAAAAAUAUUAUCAAAUAAUAUUAAUUAAAAUAUCAUUAAAGUUUAAUAAAAAAAUGAAUAUGGUGAACUUAAAUUAUAGAAUGUAAUUUUGAGUGGUAGUUAAAUAUCAGAUUCUUAAUAUAUUUUUGAUUUUGAAAAAGUUCUUUUUUUAGAAAUUAAUCACUUUUAAAUGUAUUAAACCAUUUUAAUUAACACAUCCUUAAUCUUAUUAAAUAGAAAUAGUUAAUUAGAAAAUAUUAAAUUUUAAGAUAGUUAAUUUCUUAAGAAAUCUAUUGGUAUUAAAAAUAAUAAUAAUUUCUAUGAAUUAAAUUUUCAUCAGAUAUUUACAAAUAUAUUAUUUGAGAAUAAUCAAUAUGAUAAUUUAAUCUAAUUUAUAUACUUAUAGAAAUAUUUAAGUUAAUAAUCAAAUAUUACAAUUAAUUAUUUAAAUUAAAUUAAUAAUUAUUUUAUCAAAGAUUCAUUAAAUUAAUACAGAAAACAAGUUAUUUUUUCAUUAAUUAUAAUUUAAUAUGAUUAUGUGAAAAUAUCUAAUUUAGUUAUUGAACGUGGUUUUGGUUUAAAUGAUAUUACAAUUUAUGAUUGUUAGGAAAUUAAAAUUUAAAAUGGUACUUUUCAAUAAUAGAAAUUUAGAUUUUUAGGAUUACAUAAAUAUAUAAAUUGUUAAUUAAAAUAAGUUAAUGCUUAAUAUUAUUCAACUACAUUAAGUAUUGCUACAACUAAAAUAAUAGAAUUGAAAAAUCUAACAUUCUCUAAAGUUCAAUCUUACAACUCUCCAAUUAUAGCAAUCGAUUCUGCUGACUAAAAAUUAAUUAAUUAAAGUGAAAUUAUUAUAUUGUAGGAUAUAUCAUUUAGUUCUAAUAUAAUACUAUUUACAGAAUUGAUAUUUAAAUCUUCACUAAUUUCUAUAUCAUCAUAUCAACAAAACAAUAUCAAAAUAAACAAUAUUACAUUCCAAAAUAAUGUUUACAAUCAAUAUACAUAAUUUGAUUCUACAACUACUGCAGGAUUAUUAUUAAUUAUUUGUCCUUAUUGUAAAUUACAAUUAAUCAAUUCACUCUUCUUAAACAAUAUAGUAUUAAACAGUAGAUCAAGUAUUAUGUAUAUUCAAACAUAGAUCUUAUAAAUUACUGAUUGUAAUUUUUACAAUAAUAGUAUUUUUAUAUAUAAUUUACUCUAACCUCAUAUUUAAUGGGGUUUUACUUCUCAAAUAUCAGAAUACGUUAUUGAAUCAAAUUUUAAAUCAAAAUCUAAAUCUGGAAUUGGAGAAUUAUUAGCCGAAUAAAUCUUGAUUUAAAAUAACAGUUUUAUAAAUUCUUAAGGAUCAAUUGGAGGAUGUUUCUCUAUUUUCUCUUAUGGAAGUUCUGACAUUUUGAUAUAAAAUAAUCGUUUUGAAUCAAUUUCUACUAAAUUUCUAAAUGAUUUAGAAUAUGGAGGUGUCAUUUAUAUAGAUGGAUCAUCCUCUUCAUAACUUAAAGUAGAAAUAAAUAACAAUAUUGGUAAUAAAAUAUAUUGUAGAGGAUUUGGAGGUUUUAUAUAUUUGAAAUCUAAUACAUCUUAAUCAAAUUUAACAAUUUUAAAUUUAAAUUUAGAGGAUAUAUAUGCUCAAUAAGGAUCAGCAAUCUAUGUUUCUUAUUCAAAAUUUGUAGAAAGUCCUUAAAUUUUAUUCGUUUAAAAACUUUUUGUAUCCAAUACUUAAAUUGGUUAUUAUAACUUUUUAAAUAAAUUUAAGGAAUUUUCUAGUCAAUAAGAAAUCUAGUAUUUAAUAAAUAAUAGAUCACUUAUGUAUUUAGAAUAUGGAUCUUUGAUAUAAAUAAAUGAAAUUAAGAUAAGUAAUAUAAUCUUAGAAUCUUUAUUGAUUUUGUAAUAAUCUAAAUCAGUUUAUCUAUCUUAAAUUUAAGUGUAAAAUUCUUACAUUAGUAAUAAUUUAAUAUCAAUAUUUUCAUUUACAAGUAUUUAUAUUAUAUUAAUUUAGCAACUAAUUAGGAAUUAAUUCUUUAGAAUUCAAUAUUCAGAUCUAUUUAAAUUGGAUUUAACUUUACUAAUUAAACUGAUAUCAAAUGUAUAAACAUAAAUCCAUCAUCAAAUGAUGUAAUAUAUUAAUGUUUAAAUGAUUUCAUACAAGCUCCUAUUCAAUUAAAUAGUAAUGAAGAAUAAGGAAAUUAUAAUAAAGCCUAUUGUGUAUUUUAAGAAAUUAUUUCAUAUAUAGAUUAAUAGAAUUCAGGAUUAAUUUUAUUUAAUAAUUUUACUAACCAAAAUAAAAUUUAAAUUAAUUCUGUUACAUUAGUUGAUAUAAUUUGUACAAUAUGCUAAAAUGGACUAAUAUAUUUAUAAUUCUAACCUUAAGUAUCUUUAAUUUAAUAGUAAUUGAUUACAUCACUCUAUGUACAAAAUUGUUCUUGUGGUAAAUAAGGAUGUUUAAAUGUUAUCCAACUAUCAAAUAAAGAUAAUAGAAUUCUCAAUUAAUAAGAACUUUAUUCUUUAAAUUAUGAGUUAAAAAUAAGAUACUAUAUUUGUUAGUAUAAUAUUGCUACAUAAGGAACUUGUUUAAAAAUAAAUUCAUUCUUGGCUCUAUUAUAAGAUAGUCUUUUUUAAUUCAAUGAAGCUUUUCAAGAAGGAGGGUCUAUUUAUAUAAAAGGAAAUAAAAAUUUAAUAAUAGAAGAUAGUGUAAUUUCAUUCAAUAAGGGAUCUAUUGGAGGAGGAUUGUAUUUUUCUGAUUAAGUUGCAAUGAAAUUAUUGGAUAAUAAAACUAAAAUAAUAAAGAAUUCUGCAGAAUUUUAUGGAAAUAAUAUAGCUUCUAAUCCUUAAUAACUUACAAUAUAAAUAAGAAAGGAUUCUUAAGUAUUAUCUCCAAUAACUAAAAUUUCAAAUUCUACUAUAAAAAUAUAAGAAAUUUAAUUAAAACCAUAUAUUGGUUUAAAUGGAAAUAUAUUGAAACAUAUAUAUUUACCGACAGGAUAGAAAAUAUCAUCUUAUAAAAUUUUUGAUUGGAAAAACAAAUUUUAUUAUUAAUCAAAUUAGAUUUUGAGAAUAUUAGCUUUAGAUGGUGAUUCAAAUAUUAUUUAAAAUCUAUAAAAUACUGAAUGUUUUAUAGAAAGUAGAAUAUUUGAUGAAUCAAAAUAAGAGGAUUAAGAUUUUACAAAUAAUUAUACUAAUAUUUAACGAAUAAGUUUUAAUUUAGAUACAUAAACUUAUAAUCUUGAUGAUUUAAUAGUUUAUUUUGAUAAUUCUGUUCCUCAAGAGAUUGUUCUUUAAUUGUAGUUUACUUGUAAUUCAAUUAAAGUUCCUAUUUACAAUACUUAAUAUCCAUAUGAAAUUAUUGAUUAUCAUUCAAAUUAUAAACUUAGAGUUAAUGUAAAAACAUAUGAAUGUCAAUAUGGAGAAAUUAAAAAUAUGACAGGUUUCUCAUGUGAAAAAUGUGAUUCUGAUUAAGGUUUAUAUUCAUUAACACUAAAAUCAUAAAAAUGUGAUAUUAAAGAUGAGAUAACAACUUUGAGUAUUAAAGAUAAUCAAUUAGUAUUGAGACAAGGAUACUGGAGACCAUAUUUUGAUACAAGAGCAAUUCAUUUUUGUCUUAAUCUACAAGAAAAUUGUUUGGGAGGAAUAAAGGAAGGGGAUAGUUCAUGUUAUAUAGGUCAUAUUGGUGCACUUUGUGAAUAAUGUGAUUUAUAUAAUAUAAGAGGAGAUGGAUAAUAUUCAAUUGUUAAGAAAUUUUAAUGUGGUCCUUGUGCUGAUAAAGAGAGAAAUAUAUUUGUAAUUUUAGGAAUAGUUAUUUUGACUCUUGUGUUUCUUUUGAUUUCAAUUUAAGGAAAUAGGAAAAUAAUGGAAGAAUUUACAAAAUCUUCAGUUUUUAAAAUAUAUAGAUAUUAAGUUUAUUUGAACAAGAAUUAAUCUGGAACUUUAAUUAAGAUGUUAACUAAUUAUUUUCAAAUUAUUGUAUCAAUUACUACAUUUUAAUUAUCAUUUUCUACAGGAUUAAAUUAUACUUUAAAUGUUGUUGGAAAUCCACUUUAAACUUCAUCUUAUUCUCUUGAUUGUUUUUUAGUUGAAUUCAAAGACUUAUAAAUAGAAUAUGCUCGAAUGAUUUGGUAGAUGAUUUUACCUUUAUUAUAUAUCAUUGUGUUUAUUUGUAUCUACUUUCUAGCUAUUUUAAUAAAGAAGGAUAAAUUUAACCCUAGUAUUGCUGCAACAGCUGCAAUUUAUAUCUACAUCUAUGUAUAACCAAAUUUAAUUAAUGGAUUUAUUGAACUUAUUUCAUACAGAAAUAUUUCAGGUUUCAAAUGGAUUUAAGCUAAUGUAUCUUAAAGAUAUGAUACUACAACACAUACAAAAUGGAUGUUAGAAUUUUGUUUACCUCUUAUUACAUUAAUAGCAAUCAUAAUACCAUGUUUCUUUUUCUUUGGACUUUAUACUAAUAAAUAUCAAUUUUAAAAGAAAAGUGUAAUGUCUCGUUGGGGUUAUUUAUAUAAUGAAUAUAAAAAAGAGGCUUAUUUUUGGGAAUUGAUUAAAAUUAUCUAAAAAGAAUUAAUUAUACUAUCACUUGUUUAUUAUGAGGAUACAGUUGUUAUGAAAGGAAUACUUGUUCUUUUUAUAACAUAUGUUUAUUAAGAAUUAAAUGCUCUCUAUUAACCAUAUCAAUUAAAUAAUCUAAAUUAAUUGGAUUAUUAUUCAGCAAAUAUAAGCAUGAUUACUAUUGGAUUAGCCAUAGGAACGUAUAUAUCUUAAUAAGCGCACCUUAUAGAACUUUAGAUACCAUUCUUUUUUAUAAUGGCCUUAUAAAACUUUCUAUUUUUAAGUAAAAUUAUUAGUAAAAUCAUAUUGGAAUACUCUAAAUAAUAUGAAAUUUUAUUAGAUAAAAUUAAGGAAAUAAUUAAAAAAAGAUUCCCAUAAAUUGAUCAAUAUCCAUUUUUGAAAAGACUAUUUAAAAGUAGAGUAGAAUAAAGAAAGAAUGCUUUAUUGUUGUUUUAAAAACUAAAAAAUUUUGGAAUUCCUUUUGCAAAAUAAAUUAUUUAAAUGAGAUAAACUAAUUUUGAUUAAAACAGUUCAAAAAGAAAAUCAACAUCAACUUAGGAUGGAUUUUAUAAUAGCAAAAAUUAGGGAAUUUAAUAUUAGAAAAAUAUUCUUAAAAUUAAAUCUAUUUCUAAAAAAAUAUGA